ACUGACAAGGAAAAAUGCCCAACGAAACUGUACCACAUACUUACAUGCCUGAUCAGCCUAUCCGAUUCUCAUUCGUUCGAUCGAUAGGAUCAAUCGACACAGUUAAUCGUCGAAGCGGUGAAUUCACCGAUGAUCGUCGAUGAGAUCGUUCGAUAAUUUGUUCGAACAUCGGAAAAGCCAGCAAAUAGAUAUUUCUGUUGGAAUGAUUAGGUUGAUGAAUUUAUCGGUAGUUUUUAAUAUAUAAUGACAAUAAGUAGACUGUGGACAUUUAUACAAAAUCAUAUUUUUGUGGGUACAAUUGAAGAAAUGAAAUCUGUGCAGAAGUUCAUCUGAUCCAGUAAAUAUUAUAACAAGUACUAUACUUUGAAUAUCUUCGUAUGUUCUUAUGUAUUAUAUACUCUCAUUUCAGUGCAGUAUCAUAAAUUUUCGUUACAUUGUCUAUUUACAAUAAAAAAAUCUGAACAAACAAAGCUAUAUAUUAUUAGGACAAAACAAUUUCAGUUAACAUGGAAAUAAAAAUAUGAGAAAAGAACAAUUUAAUCAAAACUUAACAUCUUUUACAUCUUCUCGAAAAAUGAGUCAAUCGCAUCUCGUAUUUAUUCAGAAGAAAAAUAUGUAGGUCUGUUGGUUGGCAUUUAAAGGCUGGUUAUGCGGUUCACCAUUCACUGAUCGGUGAUUGCCGCUAUCGUGAAAACUAAUGCGCACAAAUGACACAAAUUCGAAAUCUACGCUCGAUCGCGCGUGGCGUAGUGAUUUGUAAAUGCUUCGAUAAACCCGGCAAGAGAGCAACUGUAAGUGUAUUAAAACUAAUCUGGAGAUAUGUAAGCUACUUUUCCAUUGAAAUUGCAAAAAUAAAGAUUGGAAAAAGUACACAAAGUUGAACAAACAUACUGCGCCUUUAAAAAGAUUAUACGGACGUUUCAAGAUAUCAUGAUCAACUGGAAAUACCAAUGAAAAAAAUUAUCGUGAGUAUCCUUUUACGUAACGCCAUCUACGUAGUACAAUCUCGUACACGCACAACCGGGACUGCCAUUGAUUAAACCUGUCAGAGAAUCAGCUGAUCGGUUAUUCACGUACGUGAGAUCAGCUGUGCGCAAUCAUGGACACGUUAAGCGAAGAAGAUUUUGUGAUACCUCCGGCUAAAUACGAAUAUUUGGACCACACGGCUGAUGUGCAACUGCACGCAUGGGGCAAUACCAUGGAAGAGGCUUUCGAGCAAUGUGCGGUGGCCAUGUUUGGGUACAUGACGGAUUUAGAGCGAGUUCAAAUGACACAGUUACAUUACAUAGAAGCGGAAGGACACGACAUGGAAAGUCUUCUUUUUCAUUUCCUCGACGAAUUGUUAUUCAUGUUUAGCGCUGAACCGUUUAUCGUUGCGAAGAAAGUGAAGAUUACUAAUUUCGACCGCGAGAACUUCAAGAUCUCUGCGACGGCGUUAGGAGAAGAGUUCACGAUCGGCAAACACACGCAAAACGCCGAGGUGAAAGCGAUUACGUACUCAGCGAUGCAAAUCCUCGAUCGUCCUGAAUCAGAACGUCCCGAACUUUUCGUGAUCGUAGACAUAUAGCCGUUUCGGAUUCAGUUCGGUAUCUUGUUUGAUUUCUUGGCGCGCCCGUGUAAUUUGGCUCGGGUUAAGGCUUGAGACAGAACAGUAUGUAGGAACGUAUGAAUAUAGAAGCAAGAAGGGAUGUAUAUACCCUCUCUUACGUCCUACGUAGGGUACGAUCCUUUUGUACUUGCGUAGGGUUCAAAUAAAUACGUUAUGAA